CACUUCAUUGAGGGGAGCUCUGAACCCCAGGACUGGGUGCAGCAGCAGCAGCAGCAGGGCUAGUGUGAGUUUGUAACCCUGCUCAAACUCCUGGCUCCUGAUCAUUUCAAUAUUAAUAAUAUUAGGCUUCAUUGAGGGGAGCUCUGAACCCCAGGACUGGGUGCAUCAGGGUUAGCAGAUGCUUCUAAGCCUGGCUAAAGCCUAUACAAGGGAGGGGGUAAUUUGGCUGUGAUUUGCCCCUGGGGGGGAAUACAGACCAGGGAGGUAAAUCUGUUUCAAAUGAUAUUGUGACACACUACUGAGUGAUGAUGAUGAUGAUUAUGAUUAUGAUGAUGAUUAUUAUUAUUAUGAUUAUGUUUUUUUACGGAUCUCAUUUAAGGAGAUAUGUUCUGAAUUGUUUAAUUGAGGUUUUAAACCUGCUUUCCUCUCUACAUGAUGUACUUGUGAUGUAAACCCGCGUGCGGUACGUUCUCGAGUGACGUGGUUAUUUCGCUCGUGUGGGAACAUGCAGGAAUCUACACAAACACAUUAAAAAUAAAGACCAUGUGACCGGAUAUCAGGCAGCUCGAGGAUCGUUUCUGUCGGUUUUUAAAAACAUGUUUGCGAAACCGAUUCAAACACGUGUGCAGUUUGAGUGAAGCUACACUGACCAAGUAAACCACACACACACACAGGAAGAAGAUCUGCUUGGCACGCAUUAUAAACACUUACAAAAAAAGUGUCGUGUGUCCAGCACGGUCCAGAACAAGCAUUGAACCCCAAAUGCAAACAUACAGACAGGCCGCCGCUGGGAUUGUUCAAACAAGAACAUAAGAACAUAAGAAAGUUUCCAAACGAGAGGAGGCCCCAUUCAGCCCAUCUUGCUCGUUUGGUUGUUAGUAGCUUAUUGAUCCCAGAAACUCAUCAAGCAGCUUCUUGAAGGACCCCAGGGUGUCAGCUUCAACAACAUUACUGGGGAGUUGGUUCCAGAGCCUCACAAUUCUCUGUGUAAAAAAGUGCCUCCUAUUUUCUGUUCUGAAUGCCCCUUUAUCUAAUCUCCACUUGUGACCCCCUGGUCCUUGUUUCUUUUUUCUGGUCAAAGAAGUCCCCUGGGUCGACAUUGUCUAUACCUUUUAGGAUUUUGAAUGCUUGAAUCAGAUCACCGCGUAGUCUUCUUUGUUCAAGACUGAAUAGAUUCAAUUAUUUUAGCCUGUCUGCAUACGACAUGCCUUUUAAACCCAGGAUAAUUCUGGUUGCUCUUCUUUGCGCUCUUUCUAGAGCAGCAAUAUUCUUUUUGUAACGAGGUGACCAGAACUGAAAUAAAGGCACGACUCCUACAGAUCAAAUGGGGCUCAAAAGACAGAGAAAGAGCGCCCCCUGCAGUCUGUAGCAGCUUUAUAGCAAGGAGACCGACUCCAUGCGCACGCCGCUGCGGAAUGCAAACGUGUCAUGUGACCGGGUCAGGUGAUAAGAAGGGAUGCAGUGACGUAAUAAACAGGGAAGUACGGUUUUUAAAGACAUGUGGUGUUUUUUUUUUUCAGAGAACAACAUCAACAUCAAAAGCCAGAAGUAGAAAAAGAAAAAUACUUACAUGCACCAGGUGACGUUAAAAAAACUCGACGCUGCGUCCUUUCAAAGCCUCUUCCCAGCCAGAGACGCCAACUUCAACUCGACAACUUUCAUCCUUCAUUCUUCAAACCGGACUCUACAGCAGCUGCUAAACAGGAUCCUGUGUGCUGCCAUGGACAGUGUGAAGAUGGAGUCUGUCCAGAUUAAAGAGGAGUUCCCUGACCAUGAACCUGUCCCCAUUAGAGUGGAGUUCUCUGGGCUGGCUUCUCUCCCCAUUAAACAGGAAUUCUGUGAGUUGCAAUGUGACAGCAGUCAGCCAGAGGUCUCUGAGAUUAAAGCAGAGCACAAUGAAUUGGAGAUCCCCCAGACAGAAGAACCCCUUCCUGUGAAACAAGAAGAGGUGCUGGAAACUGUCCUUAUUAAACGGGAGCCCCCUGAAGUAGAGUUUGAGCACAUGGAACCUGGGAAGGAAGAAUCGGAGGACUUCAAACCAAACAUCCCUGAGCUGGAGCCUGUACGCCUGCGGGAGUGUAGCGUGGUGCUGGAGAGAAUCUGCGUGAGAGAGCAAGGCGCUGGAGAGGAAGGCUCUCCCAACAGCACGCAAGGAGGUGGAAAGGAAGACGGGCGCUCCCAUUCAGAAUGCAGUCUAGCAGGUUUCAGUCCAGCAGCUAAAGCGAGGGCGGGCGCUGGAGAAUAUCCUGACUGUGGGAAAGGCUUCACCCAGUUAAGAACUUUUAAAGCACACCAGAGAAUUCACACAGGAGAGAAACCGUAUCGCUGCUCUGACUGUGGGAAGAGGUUCAGUCAGUCAGGAGACCUGAAAAUACACCAGCGAACUCACACAGGAGAGAAACCGUAUCGCUGCUCUGACUGUGGGAAGAGUUUUAGUCACUCAGGAACCUUGAAAGCACACCAGAGAAUUCACACAGGAGAGAAACCGUAUCGCUGCUCUGACUGUGGGAAGAGGUUCAGUCAGUCAGGAGACCUGAAAACACACCAGCGAACUCAUACAGGAGAGAAACCGUAUCGCUGCUCUGACUGUGGGAAGAGGUUCAGUCAGUUAGGACACCUUGUUUUACACCAGCGAAUUCACACAGGAGAGAAACCGUAUCGCUGCUCUGACUGUGGGAAGAGGUUCAGUCGGUCAGGACAACUUGUUUCACACCAGCGAACUCACACAGGAGAGAAACCGUAUCGCUGCUCUGACUGUGGGAAGAGGUUCAGUCAGUCAAUACACCAUGUUUUACACCAGCGAACUCACACAGGAGAGAAACCGUAUCGCUGCUCUGACUGUGGGAAGAGUUUCCGAAUUUUAGGAAACCUGAAUACACACCAGCGAACUCACACAGGAGAGAAACCGUAUCGCUGCUCUGACUGUGGGAAGAGUUUCAGUAAUUUAGGAAGCCUGAAGAGACACCAGCGAAUUCAUACAGGAGAGAAACCAUAUCGCUGCUCUGACUGUGGGAAGAGUUUCAGUCACUCUGUAUCCCUGAAAACACACCAGCGAAUUCACACAGGAGAGAAACCAUAUCGCUGCUCUGAGUGUGGGAAGAGGUUCAAUCAGUCAGGACAUCUUGUUUUACACCAGCGAACUCACACAGGAGAGAAACCGUAUCGCUGCUCUGACUGUGGGAAGAGGUUCAGUCGGUCAGGACAACUUAUUUUACACCAACGAACUCACACAGGAGAGAAACCGUAUCGCUGCUCUGACUGUGGGAAGAGUUUCAGUCACUCUGGAGACAUGAAAAAACACCAGCGAACUCACACAGGAGAGAAACCGUAUUGCUGCUCUGACUGUGGGAAGAGUUUCAGUCGGUCAGACAGCCUUGUUUCACACCAGCAAACUCACAAGAAAUCGGAGCCUCGCCCACAAAAUCCAUCUGCAAACGCGGAGCCGCUGCAUCUGAAACACACAGCAUCUGAAACCGCCCAAGAGAAACACCGAGCCGGGCAGAGCGCUGUGCGUUUAUUUACUGAAACGAGAUUGCAGACCAGGCGGGGACGUAAAACAAAUCAGCUGCUAAACAGAAUCCCGUGUGCUGCCAUGGACAGUGUGAAGAUGGAGUCUGUCCAGAUUAAAGAGGAGUUCCCUGAACUUGAACUUGUCCCCAUUAGAGUGGAGUUCUUUGGGCUGGCUUCCCUCCCCAUUAAACAGGAGCUCUGUGAGAUGCAAUGUGACAGCAGCCAGCCAGAGGUCUCUGAGAUUAAAGCUGAGCACAAUGAAUUGGAGAUCCCCCAGACAGAAGAACCCCUUCCUGUGAAACAAGAAGAGGUGCUGGAAACUGUCCUUAUUAAACGGGAGCCUCCUGAAGUAGAGUUUGAGCACAUGGAACCAGGGAAGGAAGAAUCAGAGGACUUCAAACCAAACAUCCCUGAGCUGGAGCCUGUACGCCUGCGGGAGUGUAGCGUGGUGCUGGAGAGAAUCUGCGUGAGAGAGCAAGGCACUGGAGAGGAAGGCUCUCCCAACAGCAUGCAAGGAGGUGGAAAGGAAGACGGGCGCUCCCAUUCAGAAUGCAGUCUAGCAGGUUUCAGUCCAGCAGCUAAAGCGAGGGCGGGCGCUGGAGAAUAUCCUGACUGUGGGAAAGGUUUCACCCAGUUAAGAACUUUUAAAACACACCAGAGAACUCGCACAGGAAAGAAACCGUAUCGCUGCUCUGACUGUGGGAAGAGUUUCAGUCAGUCAGGCAACCUUGAAACACACCAGCGAACUCACACAGGAGAGAAACCGUAUCGCUGCUCUGACUGUGGGAAGAGUUUCAGUAGGGUAGACCACCUUGUUUUACACCAGCGAACUCACACAGGAGAGAAACCGCAUCGCUGCUCUCACUGUGGGAAGAGUUUCAGUAGGGUAGGCUACCUUGUUUCACACCAGCGAACUCACACAGGAGAGAAACCGUAUCGCUGCUCUGACUGUGGGAAGCGUUUCAGUCGGUCAGACAGCCUUGUUUCACACCAGCGAAUUCAUACAGGAGAGAAACCUUAUCGCUGCUCUGACUGUGGGAAGAGUUUCACUCAGUUAGGACACCUUUUUUCACACCAGCGAACUCACACAGGAGAGAAACCGCAUCGCUGCUCUGACUGUGGGAAGAGUUUCAGUAGGGUAGACCAGCUUGUUUUACACCAGCGAACUCACACAGGAGAGAAACCGUAUCGCUGCUCUGACUGUGGGAAGAGGUUCAGUCGGUCAGACAACCUUGUUACACACCAGCGAACUCACACAGGAGAGAAACCGUAUCGCUGCUCUGACUGUGGGAAGAGUUUCAUUCAGUCAGGCAACCUUGAAGCACACCAGCGAACUCACACAGGAGCGAAACCGUAUCGCUGCUCUGACUGUGGGAAGUGUUUCAGUCAGUCCUGCAGCCUUGUUUCACACCAGCGAACUCAUACAGGAGAGAAACUGCAUCGGUGCUCUGACUGUGGGAAGAGUUUCAGUAGGGUAGACAACCUUGUUUCACACCAGCGAACUCACACAGGAAAGAAACCGUAUCGCUGCUCUGACUGUGGGAAGAGGUUCAGUCAGUCAGGAGACCUGAAAACCCACCAGCGAACUCGCACAGGACAGAAACUGUAUCGCUGCUCUGACUGUGGUUAGAGUUUCUGUUUUAAACAAGGCCUUCAAAAACACCAGCUGACUUUUCACUCAUGAGGGAAAAAAACCGUUAACCUUGCAUUAUGAAUCCCUGUGCAAUUACUGUUCUGUGCAUCACUCUUAAGAGCAUGCAUUUUAAAUGGUCAAAAUGCUCUUCAGCUCUCUUGCACUGUGAUUGUGUCAGAAAGUGGGCGGAGACGCGGACACGAGAAAGGCUUCUCUGCUGUCAGUUUAACUCUGGCUGUCAAUGCAGUCAGUGCCUGGGAGCGGGAAUAUGCAGAAAGGAAACUAUUCUGCACCUCAUCUGAUGGACGAGUCAGGAGACAUCGAUAACUCAGUGUGGGGAAUGAGUUUCAGGGUUUAGCAUUUAAACUGCAUAGACUUGAAAAUAAAUGAAUUGAUGAGAACGAGUAUCCUGACCCCGGACUGUAAGUGUGUGUGUGUGUGUGUGUGUGUGAGACUGUAAGUGUGUGUGUCUCUGUGUGUGAGAGUGUGUCUCAGUGUGUGAGACUGUAAGUGUGUGUGUCUCUGUGUGUGAGAGUGUGUCUCUGUGUGAGAAUGUAAGUGUGUGUCUCUGUGUGUGAGAGUGUGUCUCAGUGUGUGAGAAUGUAAGUGUGUGUGUCUGUGUGUGAGAGUGUGUCUCAGUGUGUGAGAAUGUAAGUGUGUGUGUCUGUGUGUGAGAGUGUGUCUCAGUGUGUGAGAAUGUAAGUGUGUGUGUGUGUGUCUGUGUCUCUGUGUGUGAGAAUGUAAGUGUGUGUGUGUCUCUGUGUGUGUGUGAGAGUGUGUCUCAGUGUGUGAGAAUGUAAGUGUGUGUUUCUCUCUCUCUCUGAGUGUGUGGUGUGGUGGUGGGGGGAUCUAUAUAUUUUUCAGAGGAUUUAUUUACUUUUUAAUAUAGAUAAAUAAAUACCGGUGCUAAAGAUGCUUUGACACAAAACCUUUUUUUUUUUUUUUUUCAGUCCUGAGGAAAUGCUACUGUGUUGUUAGUGAAACUCGAUUUUGAGUCCUGUGUUUAUUUGGUAUUUCUGUUCAGCAUUAAUGCUGAUUAGUGUGUGGUUUGAACAGAUUUAGUUUAUGUGAAGGGACCAGCAAAAAGCAUUCAUUUUCUGAGGAGUGUACGGCACGGCUUACUGCCAGUACUGCAUUCAUAUCUGCUGCUCCCACCCCCGUCACUCAGCACACUGUGUGUAUUCAUAAACAAAGGGCAGCUUUAUUUUUCUAUCCUGUUCAGAGUUUUACAGAGGGGGGAGUUUAGUUUGAUUUAUCCACUGCUGCCAAUUUUCUCUGAGCCGUUUCUGCAUAGAAUUCCUCCUGCUAUCAAUUAUAAGAUAGCGCCAAAACCAGGCCAAUAUAUUAACAAGGGAACCGAGUACUUUAUACAAGAUGACGGAUCUGCUUACCCUUCAACGAACUGAAACGAGAUGUGUGAAUACGGGUGAGUCUGUGGUUUCAUACGCAGUGCUGUGUGAGAUUAUUACGCUCAGACCGGGACCUUGUUAAAAAGCUGUGUUCUGAGGAAAUGUGCGUGAUCCGAGUCCUAAUGAGACUGCAAUUAAACCUGCUGUGUGCUGAUUGCACGAUUUGAUUAAUAUAAAGCAGGAUCCUAAACCAUGCUGAAGAAAGACUGGAAUGCUGCGCCGCUCUGUAUCAGCAGGAUUUGCAAGCAAUCUGCAUUGCAAUCCCGGUCUGCGUUGCUUGCUGUUCUCUCAGUGUUGUAAAGUAUUUGUAUUAAACUCUUGUAUUGAGUGUAUCAUUCUGCAGGAACACGCUCCAGAAACUCACGCUAGGGAGCCACAUGACAGAGGGAAAGCACACUUUCAUUCACUGAGGUAUUGUAGUUCCCUCCCGAUGGUUGAUGGGUAUUGUAGUUCCCUCCCGAUGGUUGAUGGGUAUUGUAGUUCC